CCUGCCUAUGGCGCGGCAGACCACCCACGCCGAGGGCCAUGGAACUGCUUAAUAGAAACAGGCUUGUAAUUGUGAGUCCGCGCUGCACUCCGCCGAAAGCCUCCGGCGGCCCAGCGCGCCGGGGUUUUUACACUUUCCGUUCCUUUUGUAAAGACGGAGGAGGAGGAGAAGACGAAGACGAGGAAGAAGAAAAAGACGACGACAGGGAAGACAAAGAGACCCGCAGCGACAAGGGGAAGGCUACUGGCCGGAAAGCGCCGCUGUGGCUGAGAGCGAAGUUUCAGAGACUCUUAUUUAAACUGGGUUGUUACAUUCAAAAAAACUGCGGCAAGUUCUUGGUUGUGGGCCUCCUCAUAUUUGGGGCCUUCGCUGUAGGAUUAAAGGCAGCUAAUCUCGAGACCAACGUGGAGGAGCUGUGGGUGGAAGUUGGUGGACGAGUAAGUCGUGAGUUAAAUUAUACUCGCCAGAAGAUUGGAGAGGAGGCUAUGUUUAAUCCUCAACUCAUGAUACAGACUCCGAAAGAAGAAGACGCUAAUGUCCUGACCACUGAAGCCCUCCUCCAACAUUUGGACUCGGCGCUCCAGGCCAGCCGCGUGCAUGUAUACAUGUACAACAGGCAAUGGAAAUUGGAACAUUUGUGUUACAAAUCAGGAGAACUUAUCACAGAAACAGGUUAUAUGGAUCAGAUAAUAGAAUAUCUUUACCCUUGUCUAAUUAUUACACCUUUGGACUGCUUCUGGGAAGGAGCGAAGUUGCAAUCUGGGACCGCAUACCUCCUAGGUAAACCUCCUUUGCGGUGGACAAACUUUGACCCUUUGGAAUUCCUAGAAGAGUUAAAGAAAAUAAACUAUCAAGUGGACAGCUGGGAGGAAAUGCUGAAUAAGGCUGAAGUUGGUCAUGGUUACAUGGAUCGUCCCUGCCUCAACCCGGCUGAUCCAGACUGCCCUGCCACGGCCCCCAACAAAAAUUCAACCAAACCUCUUGAUAUGGCCCUUGUUCUGAAUGGUGGAUGUCAUGGAUUAUCCAGAAAGUAUAUGCACUGGCAGGAGGAACUGAUUGUGGGUGGCACAGUGAAGAACAGCACUGGAAAACUUGUCAGUGCCCACGCCCUGCAGACCAUGUUCCAGUUAAUGACUCCCAAGCAGAUGUACGAGCACUUCAAGGGGUACGAGUAUGUCUCGCAUAUCAACUGGAACGAGGACAAAGCAGCGGCCAUCUUGGAGGCGUGGCAGAGGACCUACGUGGAGGUGGUUCAUCAAAGUGUUGCCCAGAACUCUACCCAGAAGGUGCUUUCCUUCACCACGACAACCCUGGACGACAUCCUGAAAUCCUUCUCUGAUGUCAGCGUCAUCCGGGUGGCCAGCGGCUACUUACUGAUGCUUGCCUAUGCCUGUUUAACCAUGCUGCGCUGGGACUGCUCCAAGUCCCAGGGUGCCGUGGGGCUGGCUGGCGUCCUGUUGGUUGCACUGUCAGUGGCUGCAGGAUUGGGCCUGUGUUCAUUGAUCGGGAUUUCCUUUAACGCUGCAACAACUCAGGUUUUGCCAUUUCUUGCUCUCGGCGUUGGUGUGGAUGAUGUUUUCCUUCUGGCGCACGCAUUUAGUGAGACAGGACAGAAUAAAAGAAUUCCUUUCGAGGACAGGACUGGGGAGUGCCUCAAGCGUACUGGAGCCAGCGUGGCCCUCACGUCCAUCAGCAACGUCACGGCCUUCUUCAUGGCAGCGCUCAUCCCAAUUCCUGCUCUGCGGGCCUUCUCCCUCCAGGCAGCAGUAGUAGUGGUGUUCAAUUUUGCCAUGGUUCUGCUCAUUUUUCCUGCAAUUCUCAGCAUGGAUUUAUACCGACGUGAGGAUAGGAGACUGGAUAUCUUCUGCUGUUUUACGAGCCCCUGUGUCAGCAGAGUGAUCCAGGUGGAGCCACAGGCCUACACGGAGACACACGACAAUACCCGCUACAGCCCCCCCCCCCCCUACAGCAGCCACAGUUUUGCCCAUGAAACGCAGAUCACCAUGCAGUCCACUGUCCAGCUGCGCACGGAGUACGACCCCCACACCCACGUGUACUACACCACAGCCGAGCCACGCUCCGAGAUCUCCGUGCAGCCUGUCACCGUGACCCAGGACACCCUCAGCUGCCAGAGCCCCGAGAGCACAAGCUCCACCAGGGACCUGCUCUCCCAGUUCUCCGACUCCAGCCUCCACUGCCUCGAGCCCCCCUGUACCAAGUGGACACUUUCCUCUUUUGCUGAGAAGCACUAUGCGCCUUUCCUCUUAAAACCAAAAGCCAAGGUCGUGGUGAUCUUCCUCUUCUUGGGCUUGUUGGGGGUCAGCCUUUUUGGGACCACCCGGGUGAGAGACGGGCUGGACCUUACCGACAUCGUACCUCGGGAAACCAGAGAGUAUGACUUUAUUGCUGCACAGUUCAAAUACUUCUCUUUCUAUAACAUGUACAUAGUCACCCAGAAAGCAGACUACCCAAAUAUCCAGCACUUACUCUAUGACCUUCACAAGAGUUUCAGUAACGUGAAGUAUGUCAUGUUGGAAGAAAACAAACAGCUUCCCAAAAUGUGGCUGCACUAUUUCCGAGACUGGCUCCAAGGACUUCAGGAUGCAUUUGAUAGUGACUGGGAAACUGGGAAAAUCAUGCCAAACAAUUACAAAAAUGGAUCGGAUGAUGGGGUCCUGGCCUACAAACUUCUGGUGCAAACUGGCAGCCGCGACAAGCCCAUCGACAUCAGCCAGUUGACUAAACAGCGUCUGGUGGACGCAGAUGGCAUCAUUAAUCCCAGCGCCUUCUACAUCUACCUGACCGCCUGGGUCAGCAACGAUCCUGUCGCCUACGCCGCCUCCCAGGCCAACAUCCGGCCCCACCGACCCGAGUGGGUACAUGACAAAGCUGACUACAUGCCAGAAACCAGGCUGCGGAUCCCAGCAGCAGAGCCCAUUGAAUACGCUCAGUUCCCUUUCUACCUCAAUGGCUUGCGAGACACCUCAGACUUUGUGGAAGCGAUCGAGAAGGUCAGAACCAUCUGCAACAACUACACGAGUCUGGGCCUCUCCAGCUACCCCAACGGCUACCCCUUCCUCUUCACCGCCCCCCGCCACUGGCUGCUGCUCUCCAUCAGCGUGGUCUUGGCCUGCACGUUCCUCGUGUGCGCCGUCUUCCUCCUGAACCCCUGGACGGCUGGGAUCAUUGUGAUGGUCCUGGCAUUGAUGACGGUCGAGCUCUUCGGCAUGAUGGGCCUCAUUGGAAUCAAGCUCAGCGCCGUGCCCGUGGUCAUCCUGAUCGCUUCUGUCGGCAUCGGGGUGGAAUUCACCGUCCACGUUGCUUUGGCCUUUCUGACAGCCAUCGGCGAUAAGAACCGCAGAGCGGUGCUGGCCCUCGAGCACAUGUUCGCACCUGUCCUGGACGGCGCCGUGUCCACGCUGCUGGGGGUGCUGAUGCUGGCAGGGUCUGAGUUUGACUUCAUCGUCAGGUACUUCUUUGCUGUCCUGGCCAUACUGACCAUCCUGGGUGUUCUCAACGGGCUGGUUUUGCUUCCGGUCCUCUUGUCUUUCUUUGGACCCUACCCUGAGGUAUCUCCAGCCAAUGGCCUGAACCGACUGCCCACUCCCUCCCCUGAGCCACCCCCCAGCGUUGUCCGGUUUGCUGUGCCCCCCGGUCACACGAACGCCGGGUCCGAUUCUUCUGACUCGGAGUACAGUUCUCAGACAACGGUGUCAGGCAUCAGCGAGGAGCUUCAGCACUAUGAGGCUCAGCGUGGCCCAGGGGACUCUGCCCACCAGGUGAUCGUGGAAGCCACGGAAAACCCUGUCUUCGCCCGUUCCACCGUGGUUCAUCCUGAAUCAAGGCAUCACGCACCCUCGAAUCCUCGACAGCAGCCCCACCUGGACUCAGGGUUUCUGCCCUCCGGGCGGCAAGGCCAACAGCCCCGCAGGGAACUCCCCAAAGAAGGCUUGCGGCCGCCUCCCUACAAACCGCGCAGAGACGCUUUCGAAAUUUCUACUGAAGGGCUUUCUGGCCCUAGCAAUAGUCGGGAGCGCUCAGCCCCCCGUGGGGCUCGUUCUCACAACCCUCGGAACCCAGCAGCCACUGCCACGAGCAGCUCUGUGCCUGGCUAUUGCCAGCCCAUCACCACUGUGACAGCUUCCGCUUCCGUGACUGUUGCCGUGCAUCCUCCACCUGUCCCCGGGCCUGGACGGAUCCCCCGAGGGGGACUCUGCCCAGGCUACGAGGGCUACCCUGAGACUGACCACGGGCUGUUUGAGGACCCCCACGUGCCUUUUCACGUCCGGUGCGAGAGGAGGAAUUCAAAGGUGGAGAUCAUAGAGCUGCAGGACGUGGAGUGCGAGGAGAGGCUGCGGGGAAGCAGCUCUAACUGAGGGUGAUUAAAAUCUGAAGCAAAGAGGCCAAAGAUUGGAACCCCCGCCCCCACCUCUUCCCAGGACUGCUUGAAGAGAACUGCUUGGUUUGGGAAGGAGGUGUGCUGCCGUCCACCGCACAACAGCAGUUCGUUGUUACUGUAACCGUCUGUAUCAUUUGUAAAAUAGUGCUAUAAAUAUUUAAGAGGUGUACACAUGUGUAAUAUACAAAGGAAGAAGCGAUGUAAAGUAGUGUGAUCUGGGGGUCUCCAUCCCCGCCACAGAGUGGGGGCCGCCGUGGGGCCCCUCCGUGUUGUACAUGGGUCUCUGCCACAACCGCGCUUAACGUAGUCUUACAUUUCAGCAUACGUGGCUGCUGCUUAAAUGUUGUAUAAUUUACCUGUAUAAUUCUAUGCAAAUAUUGCUUAUGUAAUAGGAUUAUUUUGUAAAGGUUCCUGUUUAAAAUAUUUUAAAUUUGCAUAUCACAACCCUGUGGUAGUAUGAAAUGUUACUGUUAACUUUCAAACACGCUAUGCGUGAUAAUUUUCGUUGUUGUUUAAUGAGCAGAUAUGAAGAAAGCACAUUCAUCCCGGUGGCUUCUCUAGACAUUGUCAGAUGCGGUUCUCCCUUUUGGCUGUGCGUGUGGACACGUGUGCACGUGUGUGGUUUUCCCAAUGUACUGUACUGUGAUUUUUGGGGGGGUUUUUGCCUGCUUUUCCUUUUCUUUUUUUACUGUCUGACCCUUGGCGGGAUCUGACCCAGUCUAGAAAGGCCAGGGUACCGCUUUGCACAGGUGGAAGGCUGACCCCAACAUCCGCCUCAUCUUUUUGAAAUGGCCCAGGAAGAAGCCUGGCUCGCUUCGCAUCCAUGGUGUCUCCUACAAUCCUUGGUUGCUCUGGGCACUCGGACUUGAGCUUCAGAGGAAACAGGUCCCCUCUCAAGGAUCUUGGUGGUGGAUGUGGGAACCCCAGGGGGCAGUGCUCAGACCUGCUCGUUUUCUGUGCUGUUUAAUUAGGUUGUUGUGCCUAACGGUGAGCCUUUGCCGGGCCGGGACAAUACUAAAUAAUUCAGUAUUGUGCCCUUCUCUUGACCAGCGCAGACACGUGCACACACACACACGACACACACUCUUCCUCCACAUAUAAGAGUGGAUUACAAAUCUUUCAGAGACCAUGGCCCUGCUAUAGGUAGAAAAACCUAUUCAUCCUGGGCCCGCAGUAAGCUAAGAGGUGACAUUUUGAGUCCCUACAGCUUAAGCUCUCUCUUCCUAAAUUAAGUAGCUGAUUGAGGCUUUCUGGAUCAGUUUGAGUCUUUUGAAAAGUGAGCCUUCAGUGUGGUGCUGCAGAGUUGGGCGUGUUGCAGGCAGUGGACAUCAGGAGUCUCCGUGUGUGUGUCACGGGUGCACACAUCCUAACAUCAGAGCCAGUCUUUCCUCCCUCACCAUUAUUAGUGUUCUUACCAUGUGAGGUUUCCUGAAGAGCAGGAAGAUGCUAAAUGCACACUUGCAUGCACGCAUGCGUGCACACACACACAUACACCACCACUAACAAAUGCCUCGGGGUCCAAUCACUUUUGUUAAAGGUUUGCUUUUUUACUGAUUUGGUUCUCUUGCUCUGAGGAUUGGCCUCACUCACCUCUUAGCCCAAGGCCAGCCAAGGUCCAGGAGGCUCCCUUUCAAAUCUACAUCAACACCAUGUUGACAGACAAGAAGGCACAGGACAGGCCAGUACCCACAUGGCUGAAGCCUGAACUGUGAGAAGUGUGCAAGUGUCAGUGCCCCUAGUCCCUCCUGUUCUAUAGGAGAAACCUUCGUAGAAAGGCAGUGGGGCCCCAGUUAAGUAGCAGCAAUGUAGUGACCGCAGGUCCUGAAACUUGCUGCAAGACUAAAAUAAGGAUUGAAAGCCACCAGUGGCUGGCAGGGGUGUGUGCAUAUGUCCGCAGGAGUCCCAGCCACCCCACUGCCUCAUCUUGGUGCCUCUGUCAGCCUCGCUGUCUGCCUACCCAACACCCAGCUCUGCUCAGAAAAUGUAAGUCCUGCGUCGAGGAGAGAGAGGAUACAGAAUUCUGAAGUCGGCUUCCCUCCGGCUCUUGGCAUGCCUUCGCUCCUUUUCUGAGCCCAGCUCGUGUGGUGCAUGAGAGCCUGUGCAGCCCCGACUUCAGCACCGCCUAGAACUUUCUCCAAUAGUCACAUUGGCAAGGGAGAACUCCGGGGCCACAGGCAACUAGAAUUUCUCUCUCUCUCUCUCUCUCUCUCUCGAUAAUUUUUUUAUUUUGUCUGUCUUGUUUGUUCAUUUGGACGUUUUAAUUUUUUUAAAAAAAUCUUUGCUGAUAUUUAUAAUUUUGUAUCAUAAGAAUGUUUUCCUACAGUAUUUGUCAUGCCAGUUUAUAACAAAAAAAAAAAAAAAAAGAUCCAGGGAAUUUAUUUCUAUUGGAAACACUAUUACAGCUAUGUUUGACUUUUGACCAGAAUUUUUAUUUGUAUAGAGUGCUUACUAAUGUUAAAUAGUUCAGAGUAUAUAACAUUUACAUUAAGGACUCAUGGUAGGUUUAGUGUAAGAAGUUUAAAGGAAAUAAAUAUUCAAACUGGGUCUCAUUGUCUGCCAAUUUAGGUGGAGAUGAGUUUGUGUCAUUUCAGUUACAAAGAUAAAAGUAUGCCAUAUAAUUUAUUUAUAUGAAAAUUUAUUUUUGUAGUGUACAUAGUAGUCAUCAAGUCUUUUGACAGAAGUAUAUUUUUAAAGAAUUUAUAUGUGAUAAAACCAUAAUGUCUGGAAUUUUGCUGAGACAUGAAUGCGGCACACUUUUCAUUGUAAAUUACAGCAAGGGGAGGAAAAUGCUUAACAGUGUUAAGAGAGUGAGAGCGAGUGGAUUUUCCUACGGUUGUGACCCGUGAAUUAGUUACCAUUUGUGACCUAGCAUGGUUCUCGUUCUAAACCUUGGGAGGUGAAAAUGUACAAACUCUCUAAAUAUUAAUGUUCAAACACUGAUAGAAAUUCUAACAUGAAUAAAAAAUAAUAUAACUUGUUGGUUA